AUGAUUAGCGGAUCGAAAGACAGAAAUGCCCUUGUUUGGGACUUGGAAACUGGCUCUGAUAUAGCUACACUUGGAAGCCAUCCGAAUAUUGUUUAUUCGGUCAGAUUGCUACCAGAUCAACAGAAUAUGGCUCUUUCUUCAUCUAUGAAUAUUGUUAAGCUUUGGGAUUUGCGUGCAGCUCCUACAGAACGUUGUAUCCGCCAUCUAAGUUCAAUGGGUUUGGUCAGUCAAGGAGAGAAUGGACAUUGUGAACGUAUUCGUCAUUUACCUCCAACAGAGACUGACAUUUACCAAAUGGAAGUUUGCUCAAAUUCUGGGGGAAAUUUUCUAUUUACAACGAGCGCCGCGGGAGUGCGCAUUUGGGAUUUGGAAAAGAUUGAGCAUUUAGGGAUGUUGAGGGAUUUGACUGAUAGCGGCGAUGUCCGUAUGUUGGCAGUUUCUCAAGUUUCUGACUCGUCUAGCCAAAAUUCUAAUAUGUCUGUGCGCAUUGCAACGGCAACUAAAAAAUGCGCUUCUCUCUACGAUGAAGUUAAAAUUCAAAAGCCUUUUAUUCCCUCACGUUGGAGUAUCAUGCGAUAUUCACUGCUUGACUCAAAAAGAGACCACGUGGAACAAAAUGCCCACAAUGAUGCAGUUACUGUCUUAGAGGCAUUAUCUCCACAACGAAUUAUUUCAGGCUCCCGUGGCGGAGAUAUAAGAAUUUGGGAUGUUGGUAGUUCAAACAGAAUGGUUUCGAUAGAAAUGCGUCAGCAAGCUCAUGACGGUCCAAUUAGUGCUAUAGCUACAAACACUAGAGUAAAUUCGAACUGGCCGUUGGUAUUUAGCGCUUCAUCGGAUGAUCCCGAGGAUGCAAUAACUAUUUGGAGAUUACUGGAAGAAAAGCUUUGA